AUGCGUUUCGUUCUAGCUCUCAUCAGCGCUGCGGUCGGCCUUACCGCUGGCCAAACACUGAACAUCCCUACUCGAGUCGGUUCCAUCGUCUCACUUGCAGCUCCCAGUGUCAUAUCUGGAUCCAAGGACAUGGGCAACAAGGAAUACGACCGCGGAAGGGCCUGCGACACUGAUGCCGACACUGGCAGCGAGAAUGCGGUCUUCAUCCUUGAGAACGGCGCUACUUUGAGCAACGCAAUCAUCGGCGCGAAUCAGCUCGAGGGUAUCCACUGCAAGGCAGCUUGCACACUUAAGAACGUCUGGUUCCGCGACGUCUGCGAGGACGCAAUCUCCGCUCUCGGGACCGGAAAUGUAUUGAUCGAGGGCGGUGGUGCCCAAGAGGCAGUCGACAAGGUCGUUCAGCACAAUGGCCGCGGCACAGUUACCAUCAAGGACUUCACCGUCGUCAACGCCGGUAAGCUGUACCGCGGCUGCGGUGACUGCACCAACAACGGAGGCCCGAGGAACGUUGUUAUUUCGGGCGUAAAGGCAAGAGGUGUCUCUGAGCUUGUUGGCAUCAAUUCCAACUACGGAGACACCGCUAACAUCCAGAGCUCGUGCGGAUCUGGUGUGAAGAAGGUUUGCCAGGAAUACAAGGGCGUCGAAAAAGGCAGCGGAUCCAGCAGUAAGGUUUCCACCACUGCUAACUGCAAGGGCCAGACUAGCUUUUCCACUUGCUAGAUCGUGAAGUUCAAUUGCUAGGCUACAGGAAUCCGACACAGGGUUUCGGUCGAGUUGUCACUCCAAACCGCUGAUGUGUGGACCGUUCGCGAUUUUGGCGGCAUCAAUCUGUUGCAAGGAUUCGUUGUCCAAUAGGAGUAGCGAGAUACAUGCAAGAUCGAAU